GUUUUGUUGUACAAAACUAUGAUCACAUUGAAUUAUUAUUAUUUUGUUUCAGAUCUUCUAACCCUUUCAAUAUGUCUGACCAUGAAUCUGAAUACGAAUCUGAGGUGGAAGAAGUAGAAGAAAUUGAAGAAGAGGAGGAACAAGAAGUCGUUCAGGAGGAAGCUGAACCCGAACCCGAAAAAGUCGAGGAAACAAAACCAGAAGAGAAAAAUGACAAACCAGCGCCACCAAAAUUUUCCAUGCCUGUCAUGGCACCUCCAAAAAUUCCGGAAGGAGAAGUUCUCGAUCUCGAGGAUAUCCAACGUAAAAGAAUGGACAAAGAUCUUAGCGAGCUUCAGGGACUCAUCCAAGCCCACUUUGAAACGAGAAAGAAGGAUGAAGAAGAUAUUGAACAACUACGAGUUAGAAUUGAAAAACGAAAAGCCAAGCGUGAGGAACAAAUGAGAAUUCGUCAAGAACGAGAGAAAGAAAGAAUGGCUCGCGAAAAGGAAGAAAGAAAGAGAAAGGAAGAAGAAGAAGAACAAAAAAAGGAAGAAGAAGAAGCUCGCAAAAAGGCAGCAAUAGCAAACAUGUCUCUUCACUACGGUGGAUACUUGGCAAGAGCCGAAAAGAACAAACCAAACAAGAGACAGACAGAUCGUGAAAAGAAGAAGAAGAUAUUGGCUGACCGAAGAAAACCACUGAACAUCGAUCAUUUGAACAGCGAUAAACUUCAAGAAAAAGCACAAGAGUUGUGGGACUGGCUAUUCAAAUUAGAAGAAGAAAAAUACGAUUUUGAACAAAGAAUUGACCGACAAAAAUAUGACAUAAACCAACUUCGUCAACGAGUGAACGAAUACAUGGGAAAAUUUUCGAAAAACAAGAGACAAGCAGGAGGAAAAAUGAACAUCGGACCAAGAGGAGGAGUUGCCGCCAAAUCCGGAGUUUUCAAAUAGAAUAUACAACGUUAUUAUUGACAUUUUAACUGGAUUUUAAUAUCUUAUCUACUCUGACUAAGCAUAUAAUAUGAAUGAUCUGUGUACUAGAAUACAUUCAUAGACCAUGUUUGAUCGUCUAUGUUUUGGUAAUGAAUUCGCGAGUAUUGCUAUUUGUUUUAUUAACCUUCAUUUAUAGCAAAAUUUGGUAACGCAUGUUUUAUUAUUCGUUUGUUUAUAUACAACUAAUUUUCAGUCAAUGAAUUAACAUUUCCAUUGGGUAUUUUAUACCGUAAAAUAAACAUUGUUGAAACAUAUAAA